GAGGAAGGGAGGAAGGGAGAAAGGGAGGAAGGGAGGAAGGGAAUGAGCUGAACACGGAAGUGGUGGCGGCGCCCAGGGACCUGGCUGAGGCAAUGACUGUGACGGCUAGGAUGGGACCAGAACGCCGAAGCGGGAUUAGGGGUGGCAGAAAGGUAUCUGCUUUGUAAGACCCACACGAGGUGCCGGAGUGGUUGGGCCUCCCCUCCCCACUUAAGCAAGCGCCCUGAGUGAUGGCGAUGGUGAUGGCAGCAGUUACUCUGGCAACCCCAGUUAAGCUGCGCUCCAGGAGGAGUUCAUCCGUUAUCUGCUAUCCAUUGACUUCCGUUUGUGGAGCCUAAACGUUUCUACAGAAUCCAACUCAAAUACACGGACUAUGAUCAGAAUGCUUUCAAGGAGUUUUUGGGCACAUAAUGGCAGAUACAUCCAGAAAAUGCCCAGAAGAAACUUCCUGCUGGAAAAAUAGAAAAAGCAGUAUUUAUAACAUUAGAAUUUGUGGAUAAUUUGUUAAAAUGGCAGAAAAUAAUGAAAAUAUUAGUAAAAAUGUAGAUGUAAGGCCCAAAACUAGUCGGAGCAGAAGUGCCGACAGAAAAGACGGUUAUGUGUGGAGUGGAAAGAAGUUAUCUUGGUCAAAAAAGAGUGAGAGUUGUUCAGAUGCUGAAACAGUGAAUGAUAUAGAGAAAACUGAAGUUUCUUUAAGGAACCAAGAAAGGAAGCACAGCUGUUCAUCCAUUGAGUUGGACUUAGAUCAUUCCUGUGGGCAUAGAUUUUUAGGCCGAUCUCUUAAACAGAAACUGCAGGAUGCUGUGGGGCAGUGUUUUCCAAUAAAGAAUUGUAGUAGUCGGCACUCUUCCGGGCUUCCAUCUAAAAGGAAAAUUCAUAUCAGUGAACUCAUGUUAGAUAAGUGUCCUUUCCCACCUCGAUCAGAUUUAGCCUUUAGGUGGCAUUUUAUUAAACGACACACUGCUCCUAUAAAUUCCAGAUCAGAUGAAUGGGUAAGCACAGACUUGUCUCAGACUGAAUUGAGGGAUGGUCAGCUAAAACGAAGCAAUGUGGAAGAAAAUAUAAACUGUUUCUCACAUACCAAUGUUCAGCCCUGUGUCAUAACCACCAACAACAUUUCGUGUAGAGAAGGUCCUAUUACUGGCUCUGUGAUGAACCUGGUUUCAAAUAACAGUAUAGAAGAUAGUGAUAUGGAUUCCGAUGAUGAAAUUCUAACACUUUGCACAAGUUCCAGAAAAAGAAACAAACCCAAAUGGGAAUUGGAUGAUGAAAUCCUGCAGUUGGAAACACCUCCUAAAUACCACACACAGAUUGAUUAUGUCCACUGUCUUGUACCAGACCUUCUUCAGAUCAAUAACAAUCCAUGUUACUGGGGAGUGAUGGAUAAAUACGCAGCCGAAGCACUACUGGAAGGAAAACCAGAGGGUACCUUUUUACUUCGAGAUUCAGCACAGGAAGACUAUUUAUUCUCUGUUAGUUUUAGACGCUAUAGUCGUUCUCUUCAUGCUAGAAUUGAACAGUGGAAUCACAACUUUAGCUUUGAUGCACAUGAUCCCUGUGUCUUCCAUUCUCCUGACAUUACUGGGCUCCUAGAACAUUAUAAGGACCCAAGCGCCUGUAUGUUCUUUGAACCACUUCUAUCCACUCCUUUAAUUCGGACUUUCCCUUUUUCCCUGCAGCAUAUAUGCAGAACAGUUAUUUGUAACUGUACAACUUAUGAUGGCAUUGAUGCCCUUCCAAUUCCUUCUUCUAUGAAAUUAUAUCUGAAGGAAUAUCAUUAUAAAUCAAAAGUUAGAGUACUCAGGAUUGAUGCCCCAGAACAACAAAGCUAGUAACAGGAUAGGAAUAUGGGAAUGAUAACAUAUAUUUUCAUUUAGUAUUUUAUUUUUGUUAUGCCACUUUGAAUUUUUCUACGAAGGCAGUGGUGUCCAGAGAAAUCUCUGCCCUAAAUUUUACUUCUAAAUCCAUUUUUUUAAUGAUACACUAAUUGUUUAAGGUUAUACACUAGAGCCUAAAUAGAUAUUUUUUAACCAGGUGUUUGGUUUUUGUUUUUACCGUGUAGAUUGUAUACUUAAAUUUUUUCUUUCCUGAAUUUAUACAUGAUCCAGGCAUAUUUGAAAUUUGGUAGGCAUUGCAAACACAUUUGAAUAUUCUGUAUUUCAUACUUUUCUUCAAAAGGUAAUCUUAUGUUUUUUCCUACAUGUGAAAUAUUUUGUUGAUCUAUGCCAGUAGUAUUAUAUAAAAUAUACUUCCCCAUCCCCCUUUUCACUGAGUUUGACAUUCUUCAGUAAAGCUGAAUGUUGUAAUUCACCAUCCCUACUAAUGUUAUUGACUUUUAUAACUUACCAUUAGGGAUGUUAAAGGUAACAAAACCAAGUCAAACUUGCUGUGUUUUCAUUUUAAAUAUUAACUCUAAAGCAGGAUUACUAAAUUUGAUUAAUCUGGUUGAUGAGAACCAAAUGAAAACAUAACAUUCUGGAGGUGCACUUACUCUUCUGCAAUAUGGCUGGAUCAUUUGUCAUUCCUAAAUAGGUCUUUCUCCUCAACCUAGAGGAGUUAAACCAUCUUCAAAACAUAAUCUUGUUUCUUUCUCACUGGAAGCUUUGAAAAUAGUAAUAACACUAUUAGUAGCUAGUAGUUACUAAAGUGCUAAAGCAAUUGUGGGGUUUUUCUGUAUUAGCUUAUGAACUGUUACUUCUAUUUAGCCCUUUUAUAGAAACUCUGAGCUGUUACUUUGGGGAAAUUCCACAGUCUAUAAGCAGCCGCAAAUUUCCACUAGUAAUCAAAGAGUACCUAAGUAGUUUUUUAUUAUUUUAAGUUGAACUUUGAUAAAGAUUCAAGAAAUAAACAUGGAGCUCAGUAUUCAGGAAGCUUCAUAUUGUUUUUGAUCUACAAGUUCCAAAUAAUUAUCUCUAUUUCAGAAUUAACUUAGGUCUUUAAUGUGGCUUCAAGAAAAAGGAAAGCCAUUUGACAGCUACAUGACUUAUGCCAUACAAAACAGUACUGGACAAAAGGGGUGAUCUUUUAAAUUUACUGUCCCAGAAACAGGGUAACAUUUUUAGAAACAUCUUUAACCCAAGGUAACUAGUAAAAAUAAAUGGAGUGGUAUCCUAACUUCUUUUUUUAAAGAGUCAAUGAAUAAUAAAUGUAGACACAGUUUUUCUUCUGGUAAGCUGUCUAACCCUUUGUACACAUUGGCUUUUUUAAUAUGGUAAUUGACUUCUUGAUGCUAGUUUAGCUAUAUUAGGAAACUGCUUCUACCUGGAUUGAAAGAAAUUGGACUCAUAAACUUCCAACUUAGAACAAUGUUUCUUCAUUAUUGCUUUUAUGUGAAUAGCAUUUCCCUAUCUGGCAGUUCUUCUGUUAACAUGAAGAUGACAUUUUUCCAAAAUAGCUUUGAAAUAAAUUUUUAGUAAUUAUUACAAAAUUAAACAAGGAAAAUCUCUAUUGCCAUUAUCUUCUAUCAUUUAUUUUUCCUCAGUGAUCUCAAGAUUGUCUUAGUCUCAAUGAGAUGUAGCUACAAAAAUUGCACCUCUCUCAGCAGUGAUGAGGCUCAGGAUAUCAUAACACCAGUGUCAGGAUAAAUAUCUCUUGUAAAGAUGAUACUUACCUUUUGCAAUGUUAGAAAAGUCUCAUACUACCUCAUCUUUAUUGUGGCGCUUUUGUAGAUCACUGAGAAGCUUAUCUUAUUAACCGAUAUGACACUUCCUAAAUAUCCAUCUUUGGUGAAAGAAAAUAGUGUGGUAGACUACCCAUGAUUAUAGUUUUUUAUCAGAAUUUGAUAAGAUUUUCUGUUUCUGUGAAACAAUUAUUUUAAAUAUUUUUCUUUUAAAAAUAACUUUUUAUCAGUACAGAAAAACCUAAGGGACGAUUAGCUUACAACUAUUCUGUUAAGGGGUAGUUUUAUAAAGAAAAAUGAUAUAUAAUUAUGUUGUCUUUUAUAGUGUUAAAAUUAGUAUUUAUAUGAAAGUCAAGAUCUAAGUACCUUUUCAUAUAAUUCAAACUGAUUGCUUGUGAUAUGUUUUCUCUGGCUUUUUUAUUUUUUCAACUUCAAGGUAUUAACAGCUAUUAACACUUAAAAAUACUGCCACAUAUGUAGCCUUGAAGUAGAUGGUCUAAUAAAUGAGAGCAGGGAAGAGA